CGAGUGAGGGGCCGUCGGCCCGCAGCCUCGCCGCCCCGGGCCGGUCCCCUUCUUCCGCGAAUUCGAGCCGCCCGCCUCGCUCCCGCUCCCACCAUGUCUGGCGGCGCCGCCGACCAGCAGAGCAGCGCGCCGGGCUCCCUGUUCCUCUCGCCGCCGGCGCCUGCCCCCAAGAAUGGCUCCAGUUCGGACUCCUCGGUGGGAGAGAAACUGGGCGCCGCGGCGGCCGACGCCGGAGCCGGCAGGACGGAGGAGUACCGGCGUCGCCGCCACACCAUGGACAAGGACAGCCGGGGGGCGGUUGCGACCACCACCACGGAGCACCGCUUCUUCCGCCGCAGCGUCAUCUGCGACUCCAACGCCACGGCGCUGGAGCUGCCCGGCCUCCCCCUCCCGCUGCCCCAGACGAGCGCGGCCGCGGUGGUCCCGCAGCGGAGCCCCCCGGAGCCCCAGCGCGAGGAGACCCUGACCCCCGCUGCCGCCCAUGUGGCCCAGCAGCCGCCCGCCGCCGCCGCCGCCCCCGGGGAGCCGGUCGCCGCGGUCCCAGCCGCCGCCUCGGCCCCGGGCAGCGCCGGCAGAGACCGCCAGGUUGCCCAGCCCGGCCACGCGGGGAGCAAAGAGGAGCCUCCGUCGUCGAGAAGUGGCAGCGGCGGCGGCAGCGCCAAGGAACCCCAGGAGGAACGGAGCCAGCAGCAGGAUGACAUCGAAGAGCUGGAGACCAAGGCCGUGGGAAUGUCCAAUGAUGGCCGCUUUCUCAAGUUUGACAUCGAGAUCGGCAGGGGCUCCUUUAAGACGGUCUACAAAGGUCUGGACACCGAAACCACCGUGGAGGUCGCCUGGUGUGAACUGCAGGAUCGAAAGUUAACAAAGUCUGAGAGGCAGAGAUUUAAAGAAGAGGCUGAAAUGUUAAAGGGUCUUCAGCAUCCCAAUAUUGUCCGAUUCUAUGAUUCCUGGGAAUCCACAGUAAAGGGAAAGAAGUGCAUCGUUUUGGUGACUGAACUUAUGACAUCUGGAACACUUAAAACGUACCUGAAAAGGUUUAAGGUGAUGAAGAUCAAAGUUCUGAGAAGCUGGUGCCGUCAGAUUCUUAAAGGACUUCAGUUUCUUCAUACUCGAACUCCACCUAUUAUUCACCGGGAUCUUAAGUGUGACAACAUCUUUAUCACUGGCCCUACAGGCUCAGUCAAGAUUGGAGACCUAGGUCUGGCAACCCUGAAGCGGGCUUCUUUUGCCAAGAGUGUGAUAGGUACCCCAGAGUUCAUGGCCCCUGAGAUGUAUGAGGAGAAAUAUGAUGAAUCCGUUGAUGUUUAUGCUUUUGGGAUGUGCAUGCUUGAGAUGGCCACAUCUGAAUACCCUUACUCCGAGUGCCAAAAUGCUGCGCAGAUCUACCGUCGAGUGACCAGUGGGGUGAAGCCGGCCAGUUUUGACAAAGUAGCAAUUCCCGAAGUGAAGGAAAUUAUUGAAGGAUGCAUACGACAAAACAAAGAUGAAAGAUACUCUAUCAAAGACCUUUUGAACCAUGCCUUCUUCCAGGAGGAAACAGGGGUACGGGUAGAAUUAGCAGAAGAAGAUGAUGGCGAAAAGAUAGCCAUUAAAUUAUGGCUACGUAUUGAAGAUAGUAAGAAAUUAAAGGGGAAAUACAAAGACAAUGAAGCUAUUGAGUUUUCCUUUGACUUGGAGAGAGAUGUGCCAGAAGACGUUGCUCAAGAAAUGGUAGACUCUGGGUAUGUCUGUGAAGGUGAUCACAAGACCAUGGCAAAAGCCAUCAAAGAUAGAGUGUCAUUAAUUAAGAGAAAGCGAGAACAGCGUCAGUUGGUGCGGGAGGAGCAAGAAAAAAGAAAGCAGGAAGAGAGCAGCCUCAAACAGCAGGGGGAGCAGCAGUCCAGUGCUUCCCAGGCAGGAGCCCAGCAGCCCCCUUCCACGUGCACUGGCGGACCUGCUGCCUCUACCACUUCAGCUUCUGUUUCCACACAAGUAGAGCCGGAGGAGCCUGAGGCAGAUCAGCACCAACAGCUGCAACACCAGCCACCUGGUGUGUCUGUGUUGUCUGACGGGACGGUUGACAGUGGUCAGGGAUCUUCUGUCUUCACAGAGUCUCGAGUGAGCAGCCAACAGACAGUUUCGUAUGGUUCCCAGCAUGAGCAGGCACAUUCCACUGGCACCCUCCCAGGGCACACAGCGCCUGUUGUCCAAGCACAGGCUCAGCCCCAUGGGGUAUAUCCACCCUCAAGCAUGCCUCGUCGUGGCUGUAGCAUGUCAGUUUGUGUCCCCCAUCUUUCUGCUGUUCCCUCUCUGUCCCGCAUCUCUCCCAGUGCUCCUUCCACCCCAACACCAGUGCUGUCUGCACCUCUUUCUCCUUCCCUCCUUCGGACUGCCCCUGAGGAAACCUUUGCCGAAAAGCUUUCUAAAGCAUUGGAGAGUGUCCUGCCUAUGCACUCUGCCUUUCAGCGCAAGCACCGACGCUCCAGCCUGCCUUCCCUCUUUGUCAGUACUCCUCAGUCCAUGGCGCAUCCACGUGGGGGGACCCCAACAUACCCAGAAUCACAGAUAUUUUUCCCAACUAUUCAUGAACGUCCAGUUUCUUUUUCACCACCUCCCAUCUGUCCACCGAAGGUGGCCAUUUCCCAGCGGCGUAAGAGCACCUCCUUCCUGGAAGCCCAAACUCACCACUUCCAACCCCUGCUGAGGACUGUUGGCCAAAAUCUUCUUCCACCUGGUGGCAGCCCAACUAACUGGACACCAGAGGCUGUAGUUAUGUUGGGUACUGCAGCCAGUAGAGUCACUGGAGAGCCAUGUGAGACACAGGUCCAGCCUAUGUUUGAACCAACUCAAGUUUACAGUGACUGUAGACCUGGACUAGUACUUCCGGAAGAAGCUCACUACUUUAUUCCUCAGGAAGCAGUGUAUCUAGCUGGGGUACAAUACCAGGCCCAGGUGGCAGAACAGUUUGAGGGUAUUCCAUACAACUCACCAGUCCUGUCAAGUCCUAUGAGACAGACACCUGAACAGAAGCCAGGGCAAGGGGGCCCUACCUCAAGUUCUGUCUUUGAAUUUCCAUCCGGACAGGCUUUCAUGGUAGGACACCUCCAGAAUUUAAGAUUAGAUUCUGGACUGAGCCCAGGAUCUCCCCUCUCUAGCAUUUCUGCACCUAUCAGUACAGAUGCUACAGGCUUGAAAUUUCACCCUGUCUUUGUUCCUCAUUCUGCACCUGCUGUGUUAACUCAUAACAAUGCGAGCAGAAGCAAUUGUGUAUUUGAGUUUCAUGCACAUACUCCAAGCUCCUCUUCAGGAGAAGGAGGAGGAGGAGUUUUACCUCGGCGCAUUUACCGAAAUCGACAGGUUGCUGUGGACUUGAAUCAGGAAGAACCACCUCCUCAAUCCACAGGAUUACACAGCCGCCUGCAGCCUGUGACUGAAGAACAGCAUGAUUUCCAGGCCCCAGAACUGACCGUCUCUGUGGUAGAGCCCACCGGACAGAGCUGGCCCAUAGGAAGCCCAGAAUAUUCCAGUGAUUCCUCACAAAUCACUUCUUCAGACCCCAGUGAUUUUCAAUCACCUCCCCCUACAGGGGGAGCAGCUGCACCUUUUGGCUCUGACGUCUCAUUACCCUUUAUCCGUCUGCCUCAGACAGUGUUAGAAGAAUCCCCACUUUUCUUCUGUUUCCCCCAAGGAGCCACAUCUCCGCAGGUUUUAUCUGCCUCAUUUUCUUCAGGAGGAUCUGCACUCCAUCCACAGGCACAGGGGCAGAGCCAGGGUCAGCAAUCUUCAAGUAGUUUAACAGGGGUUUCAUCCUCCCAACCCAUACAACAUUCUCAGCAGCAGCAAGGAGUGCAGCAGACAGCCCCCUCUCAGCAGACAGCGCAGUAUUCACUUCCCCAGACGUCAGCCUCCAGUGAGGCCAUGACUGCACAGCCCGCAAGUCAGCCUCAACCUCCACAGUCCUUGUCGCAUGUGUCAGCAGGAAAACAGCUUCCAGUUUCCCAGCCAGUACCAACUAUCCAAGGCGAACCUCACAUCCCAGUUGCGACACAGCCCUCAGUUGUUCCAGUCCAUUCUGGUGCUCACUUCCUCCCUGCGGGACAGCCACUCCCGCCUUCCUCACUCCCCCAGUACCCUGUCUCUCAGAUCCCCUCAGCUUCUCAGCCAGCUUUCUCUCCCCUUCCUGUCACCAUGGCAGCUGGCGUUAAUCAGCCUCUGCUUACCUUGGCUUCCUCUGCUCCAGCAGCUGCAGUCCCAGGGGGACCCCCCCUGGUCCCUAAUCUUCCCACCCUCCUGCAGCCUGUGACUCAGCUGCCAAAUCAGGCUCACCCGCAGCUCCUGCAGCCAGCAGUUCAGUCCAUGGGGAUAGCCGCUAACCUCGGGCAGACUGCUGAGGCUCCACUCCCCUCUGGAGAUGUUCUCUACCAGGGCUUCCCACCUCGGCCGCCACCACAGCACCCAGGAGACUCAAAGCUUGCUCCCUCUUCCAGCGUGCCUUCUGUGUGCGUUCCUUCCACAGUCCUGUCCCCUCCCGCGCCGGCAGAAGCACUGGCUGCACCAGGUUACUUUCCUACAGUGGUGCAGCCUUAUGUGGAAUCAAGCCUUUUGGUUCCUGUGGGCAGUAUAGGAGGACAGGUUCAAGUGUCCCAGCCAGCAGUGAGUUUAGCACAAGCCCCCACUACAUCCUCCCAGCAAGCAGCUCUGGAGAGCACUCAGGGCGUCUCUCAGGUGGCUCCUCCAGAGCCAGUUCCAGUGGCUCAGCCACAACCUACCCAGCCUGCUACAUUGGUCUCUUCUGUAGACAGUGCACAUUCAGAUGUUGCUUCAGGUAUGAGUGAUGGCAAUGAGAAUGUCCCAUCAUCCAGUGGAAGGCAUGAAGGGAGAACUACAAAACGGCAUUAUCGAAAAUCUGUAAGAAGUCGCUCUCGUCAUGAAAAGACUUCACGCCCAAAAUUGAGAAUUUUGAAUGUUUCGAAUAAAGGAGACCGGGUAGUGGAAUGUCAGUUAGAGACUCACAAUCGGAAAAUGGUUACAUUCAAAUUUGAUUUAGAUGGUGACAACCCUGAGGAGAUAGCAACAAUUAUGGUGAACAAUGACUUUAUUCUGGCAAUGGAGAGAGAGGCAUUUGUGGAACAAGUGCGGGAUAUUAUUGAAAAAGCUGAUGAAAUGCUCAGUGAGGACGUCAGUGUGGAGCCAGAGGGUGACCAGGGAUUGGAGAGUCUCCAGGGAAAGGAUGACUAUGGCUUUGCAGGCUCUCAAAAAUUGGAAGGAGAGUUCAAACAACCAAUUCCUGCAUCUUCCAUGCCACAGCAAAUAGCAGGCCUUCCUACCAGUUCUUUAACUCAAGUUGUUCAUUCUGCCGGAAGACGGUUUAUAGUAAGUCCUGUGCCAGAAAGUCGAUUACGAGAAUCAAAAAUUUUCAGUGAAGUAUCAGAUACAGUUGCUGCUCCUACAUCUGCUGGCGCUGGAAUGAGCUUGUCUCACUCUGCUUCAUCCCUUAGUCUACAGCAGGCCUUUUCUGAGCUUAGACGUGCGCACACGGCAGAAGGGCCGAGCACAGCACCUGCCAACUUCCGUCCGACGGGGCCGGCGUUCCCAGCGGUGCCCCCUUCCGUGAUCAGCCCUGCUGGAGCUCCAGCCACAGCGGCAGCUGUACCCUCAGCGUCAACCCCUGCCAUGGGCUGCCCUCCUAGUGACCCUUCCACAUCAGCCGUUCAGUCUGAGGUUGCAGUGCCCGCUGAAAAGGGGAUUGCUGGAGUUGCCACCUGCACAGGCAUAAUACCCUCCAGUGGUCUCCCUGCACCACCUGCAUCUGAAUCCCCGAUACUCUCCAGCGUGGUGUCGAGCAUCACGGCGCCUGCAGUCGUCUCAGUAUCAGCGACAUCCCAGUCAGUUCAGGCUCCCACACCUGGGAGCGUUGUUUCCAGUACAGGCACAUUCCCCCCUGUACCAGUCUCAGUGACGGCAGCCUCUGCAGCGAGCAGUGCUGCUGCCCCAGGCGCUAAGCCUUCACCUGUAUCGUCGCAGCAGGUGGUGGGCAGCAUGGCUGGGGCAGCCACGCUAACAUCCGUGUCGGCCACGGCUCCAGUCCCGAGCCUAGCUGCACAGCCGUCCCUUCCACCCAGCAGCAGCACCUCUGCUCUUACUCGAGCUGAGACUGUAGUGGUUAGUGCGCACGCACUGGAUAAGAUAUCUCACGGCAGCCUGACUGGGUUGGCUUUGUCCCUCCCCGCGUCACCUUCCUCUCCCUCCCUGGGAGCAGGGGUAUCGAGUGCUGUUGCUCAGCCUGGCGUGGCUCACCCUUUGGUCAUCCCAUCAGCUGUGGCUUCUACUCCUGCCCUUUCCCAGGCAGGACCUCCUUGCACACCUUUCCUUCCCCAAGUAGCUGGUAUCCCACCUUUGGUGCAACCUGCUGCCAGUGUGCCUGCUGUACAGCAGACACUCAUUCAUAGUCAUCCUCAGCCAGCUUUGCUUCCCAGCCUGCCCCAUACUCACUGUCCUGAAAUAGAUGCUGAUACUCAACCCAAAGCUCCUGGGAUUGAUGACAUAAAGACGUUAGAGGAAAAGCUACGGUCUCUCUUCAGUGAGCACAGCUCAUCUGGAGCUCCGCAUGCUUCUGUCUCGCUGGACACGUCCCUCGCCAUGGAGACCGCCGUCACCCCAGGCCUCCCAACCACUGCUGUUGCACCAGGCAAACUCAUGACUUCCACUACAAGUACUUGCUUACCACCAGCCAGUUUGCCCUUAGGAACAACUGGUUCGUCAGUUAUACCAGCGGUCACUCCUGGGCAAGUCUCCACCCCAGUCAGCACUGUACCAGGAGUGAAACCUGGAACUGCUGCACCAAAGCCACCUUUAACUAAGCCUCCAGUGCUGCCAGUGGGUACUGAACUUCCAGCUGGUACUCCACCCAGCGAGCAGCUGCCACCUUUUCCAGGACCUUCACUAACGCAGCCCCAGCAGCCCCUGGGAGAUCUGGAUGCUCAGCUGAGAAGAACACUCAGUCCAGAGACGGUUGUGCUGACGUCUGCAGUUGGUCCCGUGUCCGUGGUGGCGCCAACAGCAGUUGUGGAAGCAGGAGCCCAGCUUCAGAAGGAUGUGUCUCAAGUCACAGAAGGGCCUAUCCUAGCACCCACUUCAGGAACUGGUGUUUUUAAGAUGGGGCGAUUUCAGGUUUCAGUUGCAAUGGAUGAUCCCCAGAAAGAGGGUAAAAAUAAGUCAGAAGAUGUAAAGUCUGUUCAUUUUGAAUCCAGUACUUCAGAGUCCUCAGUGCUAUCAAGCAGUAGUCCAGAGAGUACCCUGGUGAAGCCAGAGCCCAAUGGCAUAGCUGUCCGUGGCGUCUCUUCAGAUAUGCCGGAUAGCGCCCGUAAAACUCCUGCCUCAGAAGCAACGUCAGAAGCUGGGCAGCCUACCAAGGUUGGACGUUUUCAGGUGACAACCACAGCAAGCAAAGUCGGUCGUUUCUCCGUCUCAAGAGCCGAAGACGAGAUUACUGAGGCAAAGAAGGAGGGACCAGUGGUAUCUCCUCCUUUUCUGGAUUUGGGACAUGAUGUUCUUCCUGCUGUGAUACCAAAGAAAGAGAAGCCCGAACUGUCAGAGGCUUCACAUCUGAACGGGCCGUCCUCUGACCUGGAGGCUGCCUUCCUCGGUCGGGAUGUGGACGAUGGCUCAGGGAGUCCACACUCCCCGCAGCUGAGCUCAAAGAGCCUCCCUGUCCAGGGCCUGAGUCAUUCCUUCAACUCCUCUUACGUGAGCAGCGACAAUGAAUCAGAUAUUGAAGAUGAGGACUUGAAGUCAGAGCUGCGGCGGCUACGAGAAAAACAUCUUAAAGAGAUUCAAGACCUGCAGAGUCGCCAGAAGCAUGAAAUCGAAUCUUUGUAUACCAAACUGGGCAAGGUUCCUCCUGCCGUCAUCAUUCCCCCAGCUGCCCCCCUUGCAGGGAGAAGAAGGCGACCCACCAAAAGCAAAGGCAGCAAGUCUAGUCGCAGCAGUUCCUUGGGGAAUAAAAGCCCUGGACCAGGUAACCUGUCUGGCCAGAGUGCAGCUUCUGUCCUGCACCCCCAGCAGACCCUCCCCGCUCCUGGCAACGUCCCAGAGACGGGGCAGAAUCAGCUGUUACAGCCCCUUAAGCCAUCUCCCUCCAGUGACAACCUGUAUUCAGCCUUCACCAGUGAUGGUGCCAUUUCAGUACCAAGCCUUUCUGCUCCAGGUCAAGGCUGUGCGAAGUUUAACUGUGCGUCUGAGCAGGUGACGUUCAAACCUGGUGGCAGGAGGACCCGAUUUCUGAGUACGCCCUGCUUGGCUCUUUGGAAGAUGGUGAAAAAAGUCUGUCCUUGCAACCAGCUCUGUAGGACCAGCAGCACAAACACCGUUGGGGGAACAGUGAGCAGCCAGGCCGCCCAGGCUCAGCCUCCUGCCAUGACGUCCAGCAGGAAGGGCACGUUCACAGAUGACCUGCACAAGUUGGUGGACAACUGGGCCCGAGACGCCAUGAAUCUCUCAGGCAGGAGAGGAAGCAAAGGACACAUGAGUUAUGAGGGCCCUGGCAUGGCAAGGAAGUUCUCCGCACCUGGUCAGCUGUGCGUCUCCAUGACCUCAACCCUGGGUGGCUCCGCCCCCAUCUCUGCAGCAUCAGCUACCUCUCUAGGCCACUUCCCCAAGCCCAUGUGCCCCCCACAGCAGUACGGUUUCCCAGCCCCCCCCUUUGGCCCGCAGUGGAGCGGCACGGGCGGCCCAGCAACACAGCCACUUAGCCAGUUCCAACCUGUGGGAACUGCCUCCUUACAGAACUUCAACAUCAGCAACUUGCAGAAGUCCAUCAGCAACCCCCCAGGUUCCAACCUGAGGACCACUUAGACCUAGAGGCGUUAAUGGAGUAGAUUCGGGGGCAGGAGGUGGGAUGGUGAGGGGCAGGUGGGAGGGGGAUGGGAAAGUAGCCUACAUACUAACUACUAGCGCUGCAUUUAACUGGUUAUUUCUUGCCAGACAGGAAUGUGUUUAAUACCGCUUAGAGCCCUCAGAGUGGAGAAUCUCCCUCUGCUUUCACCAUUUAUUGGAGUGGGAUGAGAAGGAAAGAAAGAGCCGGUUUCUUGUGUAUGCUUUGUUCUCUCUCCCCAACAGUGAGCGCUCGGAAAGAGAAUCGUGUUGAUCAGAAAGCUUCUAGAGAGCUCAGUGGAAAAGCAAAGCCCAUCUGCGUUCUCAAGUAGUGGGGCUCUUAAUCUUGGUACCCACCCCAAGUCCCUUAUCCCCUCAAGAACAUAAACCGCAAGACAAAAAAUUAAACUAUUGGGCUCUCUCCUACCCUCUCCCCACCCCAGCCAAUCUUUAGAACCCAGUGAAAACACCAGGGGACUGAGGUUUCAACCCUUUCUUACGAUAGGUCAUUAGUGCUUUAGCAAAUGAUAUUCGCAGCUUUGACUGCAGCAUUAGCCAUUAGGAAAAAAAAAAAAAAAAUUAAGUUCCCUGCGGACAUGUAACUUUGCCAUCAGUUUUGAUGUGGAAACACUGUGAUAUAUAAAUGUUGUUGGACAACAGUAGUUUUAAGAGUAAGAUAUGAAAGGUUUAAAAAGUUGAAAAAAGCUAGCUGUCCUUUACCUGUUGAGACUUUACUUUCUCCUUUGUAUUUCCAUUGUAUUAGAUAAAUAAAUGUGAAUGUAAAAUUGUAUAAAUUACUGUACUUGAAUACUCUGUUCUCCCAGUAUUGCUUGCUGGAUGUUUUAGUGCCUUGGACUUCUAUUGCUUCUGCCGUUAACAUCAACUUCUCAUCAGACCCCAGUCAGCAAAGGGCGUAUGGAAGGAAACCUUGGGUCCAUGUGACCCAGCAGUGGAUUAUGCAAUAAGGAAAUUGAAAGAGUAUUUUUUUUCAAGUCAUUCAACAAUUUUGUCUAGAGCAGGUGUAAGAUGAGCAGGUGAGAAGUUGACAGUAGUGGUUAAAAGCAGAAAACUCUGUUUCAGGACAGGUGAGGAGGGGUGUUGUCACAAAAUCGGGCAAUUUACAAGAUUGAGCGUGGUGAGCGAUAAGUGAUGAAAGAAAAAGAAAGACUACAGGAUGGGAGAACAGACUUGUUUUGAAGAUAGGUGAUGCUUGGCCAGUGGCUGCCAUAAGCCUUACUUACCUGAGCUGGGCUUGAGCAGAGGAGACCUGGAAGAAAUGGCUGAAUAUAAAGGCAAGGGCACGGGAGAGCGGGGGGGGCACUAGUUUUUAAGCUGGGAAAUGUGAUAGUGAAAUGUCACAGAUGGAGAAAGUUGCUCUAAGAAAAAUUUGGAUUGCUUUCCUCUUGGUGCAAAUGUACCGUGUAUUUCUCAGCUUGGGGUACUGUAGUUUGUGGAAAGUGGACCCACAUCUGAAUUAAGCAUUGUAGGAAAGAAUGCUUAUUCCUACCCACUUCCUAUAUAAUGUCCAAAUGGUUGCAGGAUCAUAAUCUCUUGCGCCACCUUAUUUCUAGAAUUACAGCUGAUAUUCUCACGUCCUCUGUAAACAGAUAUUCCCCUGAAGUAAUAAUAAGUGCAACCAACCAGUAUUAUUUAGUGCUGUGCCUAGCUGUAAUGGGCAGUUCUGUUACUUUCAGAAUUUUCAGGAAAUACUCUCCUCAUUGUCUGAGUUUGGGAUCUCUGUUCUCCCAGAAGGUGGGGAAAGAAGCCAGGACUCUUUUAAUUCUGGGGUGCUUCUUGACUCUUGAGCUGGGAAACUGACCUAUUUCCAACCUCUUACCCACCUCAGUGGCACAUCCCAGGAAUCCCCAUGACAGGAAGAGCCUGGAUGGCUGUCCUGUCCUCUGUUGGUCAUUUUCUUUAUUAAGUUAGCCGAGACCCCAAAGAUGCAAAUGAGAGCUGAAGGUUUUAGGAAGGUAGAAAUGAAAAGGGCAGGCGUUCCGAGCUUUGCUUCGGAACUGUUUACUUACUUUUUCUCUGCCUAUAAUCCUUGGGAGAUGACAAGAGUAAGGACAGAACAAGAAACGCCAAGGAAGUGGGGAAUGGACCCCUGGGCAAGGAGGCAGGGCUUUGCAGCAGAGGAAAGAGGAGCCAGAGUGCAGCACGUGACUAUUUUGUUUCUUUGGUUUAAUCAUUUUGAGAUCUCUUCACUCACAGGUGGAAAGUAAGAACUGCUUUUAUUUACUGUUGAUUUUUUUCCCCUCCUGUGGAUGAAGUAACUGAAGCCUAGAGGAAUGAACCUAGUGCUACUGAACUGUUUAAAUUAUUUUUGUGUUAAUAGUACACUUUGAGUAUCUUUUUCCACAUUAAAAAAAUUCUUUCCGAAUUAUAAAUGUUUUCCUUACAUUAUUUAACAAUGUACACUGUUUAAAAAAAGACUAAAUUCAAACCUUGGGGAUUCUCGGCAGCCCGUCAACCCGUGAGUUUGGGAUAAACCCCGGGGGUCGCGCUUUCUGCUUCCGUUUGUUAACCUUUGUAGAUGAAACCAUUCAAAUAAACCAAACUUGCUUUUCUUGAGCUGUGGGGGUUUCAUUUUCAGCACAUGCCUUUUUCGUGAUCUCAUUAGCUCUGAUUUGACUUGUGUGCAAUUUAUAACUGGAUUCCUAUCUCCAGGACCUUUUUUUUCAACAGCAGUUCUGACCUGAACUAAGAUGCUGCAGACAGGCAAGAUAUAUUUUCUGAAGACCACGGGCUUCCCAACCUGCCCAGCUUGAUCUGCGUCAGGUUCCAACAGUGAAAUCCUCUGGCGAAGUUGAGCACGAAGCAAGGUCAGUCCCCGGAGGUAAAGCUCAUUCCCUCGGAUGAUGAGUCAU